ACGGCGGAAGAUGGGGCUACAGCCACGCUGCUCGCCCGGGAUCCGCGCAAGCUCCUCCCUUCGCCCCGCACCGUAACCUGGGCCGGCGGAAGGCGCUUCUCCGGUGGGCGGGCGCCCCGGAGCUUUGUCUUUGCGGCGGCGGCGAGCGGACGGAUGCCCGGAGAACGGCACACAACCACAAUCAAUGCAUCUACGUCCAAUUUUCCCUGGGGCUGAUCAAGCCUGAGACCGUGGCUGCAAAGCCUGGGAGCUGGGUUGACACCGCCCUUCGCGGCCAGAUGGAGGGGUUGGAGGAGAAGAGCGACCUCCUGGCCUUGCAGACGGAGAACAACAUGGAGCAACCAUUCACCAUCAGCUCCUUGAAAAAGCUGGUAGCUAUCCCUGACCACACUGACGUCUCCGUCAGCCCCGAAGAGAGAGUCCGUGCCUUAAGCAAACUGGGCAGCAACAUCACCAUCAACGAAGACAUCACCCCCCGGCGCUACUUCAGAUCCGGAGUAGAGAUGGAGAGAAUGGCCUCAGUUUACAUGGAGGAGGGGAACCUGGAGAACGCCUUCGUCUUUUAUAAUAAGUUCAUCACGUUGUUCGUAGAAAAGCUGCCCAGUCACCGAGACUAUCACCAAUGUGCAGUACCAGAAAAACAGGUUAUUAUUAAGAAACUGAAGGAGGUUGCAUUUCCACGGACAGAUGAACUGAAGAGAGAUCUUUUAAAGAAAUAUAACUUAGAAUAUCAAGAAUACAUGCGAAACGAGAUCAAAUAUAGAACUGAAGUUCUGAAGAAACUGGAGCAUCAGAAGCUGAUAGAGGCGGAGAAGAAACGGAUCGCCCACAUGCGGCAGCAGCAGCUGGAGUCGGAGCAGUUCCAGUUCUUCGAGGACCAACUGAAGAAGCAAGAACUCGCUCGAGACCAGAAAAUCAAGGAGAGCGUGGUCCUGCCCGAGCAGAUAGAUGGGAAUAUGCUGUCCUGUAUUUCCGUGCCGGAGAACAGUUCCUUAUCCACCACGCUGCUGGAGAAAAAGGAGAGGAGCAGCACCUCUGGCUGCGCUGGACACUCACCCCCAGUAAACCGGGUCUUGAAACCAGCAGCCACUUUAAGUGCUGUUCAGACUCAAUUGGCCGAAGCUCUCAGAGGCGUCAUUUUGCCCAGGGAUCUCUGUCACAAAUUCCUGCUGCUCGCAGAGGCAAAUACAGUAAGAGGAAUAGAGACAUGUGGAAUUCUCUGUGGAAAACUGACACGUAACGAAUUUACCAUCACCCAUGUAAUCGUGCCAAAGCAAUCUGCAGGGCCAGACUACUGCGACAUGGAGAACGUGGAGGAACUGUUUGGGAUUCAGGAUCAGUACGACCUCCUCACUUUGGGCUGGAUCCACACACAUCCAACACAAACCGCGUUCUUAUCCAGUGUUGAUCUUCACACCCAUUGUUCCUAUCAGCUAAUGUUGCCAGAGGCCAUUGCAAUUGUUUGUUCACCAAAGCAUAAUGACACUGGCAUCUUCAGGCUCACCAACGCUGGGAUGCUGGAAGUCUCUGCCUGUAAAAAGAAGGGAUUCCAUCCACAUACGAAGGACCCCAGGUUAUUUAAUCCGUGUACCCACGUGGUCGGGAAAGACGUGAAGAUAAUUGUGCUGGACCUGAGGUGAUACGGGCGGAUGAUGGCAACGUUCCCACACAGACGGCCAAAACAGGAAAAACAACAAAAAAAAAGGGAUUCCUGCUUUUCCUACAUUUUCAGAAAUGACUUUUAUAUUUAUACAUUUUAGAUCGAAUGGUUUGAUAUUUAUUGCUCUAGGCUGGUUUGGAGUUAUUUUGUUGCUCUGUCAAGAUGGAGUUCAGUGGCAUCACCCCUGAAUCUGUAAACAACAUCUCACCCAUGAAACACAACAAUAAAAUGAACUUCAAACAACCAUAA